UGUAAGGAAGGGAGGGGAUCUUAUGAAGCCGAGACUCUGACAACACCUCUUAGCUAUGUUGUCAAAGUAGUUAUUGGUGUUGUAUUUAGCAUGACCCCGUCUGGAAUCUCCAGUAAUAGAUUAGUUUAUAGCCUGUUGCAGUCACUUUUAAUUCCCUUCGAAGGAGAUAACUGAAACUUGGGGCGCAUCUUCAGAACUGCACCAUGCGUUUGCAAUAGAGCUCGUAUCCUGCCUGCCUGCCACGCCGUGUCAGUGCCCUAGUACCGAGGAAUGGACAGCGUGCCUGGCACAGGUGAAACCAUGGUCAAAAGUGACAGUCCUUUGGAGGGAGAUGCGGUAUCUAGUGCAUCUACGGCUGCGCUACAGCAAUGUGAAGUCAUCCAGGACAUGAUCGACAUCUCCAUCUCCAGUUUACAAGGGCUCAGGACGAAAUGUGCUGCAUCCAACGAUCUCACGCAACAGGAGAUCCGAACAUUAGAGGUGAAGCUGGUGAAGUACAUCAGCAGGCAGCUGCGUGUGAAGCAGCGGGUGCCCAAGUGUGAGAGGAGCAGAGGGCUGGAGAGCUACCCCCGCCUGGAGGACUGGCUCCGCACCAUCAACCUCAACCCAGAACUCAUCCAGACGGUGCCUAGUCAGCUGUCUCUGGAUGCGCUGCUGCAGAUGCCCAGUGGGCAGGUGGAGGGCACCAUGAAGAGGCUGGGCUCCAGCUCAGAGGAGUGUUCCCACAUCACCGCCGCCCUCUCCUGCCUCAAGAGCACUACGGAACGAGGAGAAGACCUGCGAGAAGACGGGAUCCCGUGGAUCGCAGAACCCCCACAGCAAGAACACAACUCCCUAACAGAACCGGGUGCCCCCACCACCACCCCAGCCACAGCACAGACUCUUUCCUUAAAGCCUCACACGGCCUCACAGGGCAGUCGGCCCGUCAGCCCGAGCACCCCCACCCUCAUCAUGACCCCCUGCAACCCCAACCCUCCCUCCGGUGGGGGGCACAUUCGCUCCGUCUCAGUCUCCACCUUGCCCUCGUCCUGUGAUGGCCAGGGCGUCGGUGGCGGUAGUGGGGACUAUUUCCCCUUCUUGCGGAUGGGUCGCAUCCACAGCAACACGUCGGGCACCCCUCCCGGCACGCCCCCGUCCCAGAGGAAGGGGCACCAGCUGAUGAGGCCCCCACGGACGCCCCCUCCCCCGUCGCGGCGGCUGCUGGCCCAGCUCCUGCCCAGCAUCACCCUCACGCGCAGCAAGAGCCACGAGUCCCAGCUGGCCAAUCGCAUCGAGGAGCCCAACAGCAAGAAGAAGAGCAAGCUCCCUCUGAAUGUGCAGAUCAAUGGCAGCAGUGGCCUGGAGGACCCCCCUGCCCGCUCCCCUCUCCUCUACAGCCCCUACAUCCUCCCAACUACCCCCGGCCUCCUGGACGAUGGCACCCUCAAGAAUAGUUUAGCAGUUCACCGCAGCUCCCCACAGACGAUGCGGAGAGAUUUUGGCCUUCCGGUCACACACAGGUUUUCUACCAAGUCGUGGUUGUCACAAGUCUGUCAAGUGUGUCAGAAGAACAUGAUGUUUGGCGUUAAAUGUAAACACUGCAAAUUAAAGUGUCACAACAAGUGUACUAAGGAGGCGCCACCAUGUCAGAUACUUUUCCCUCCGUUUUCAAAGAUCCGAAGAACAGAAUCGGUGCCAUCGGACAUCAACAACCAAAUCGACAGGACCGUGGAGAUCCCCCUCUUCGGCACUUUACCAAAAGCAAUCACAAAAAAGGACCACCCUCCGGCCCUGACCCAGCACCAGCAGCAGCUGGACUCCAGCAGCAACCCUUCCUCCACCACCUCCUCCACCCCUUCCUCCCCGGCCGCCUUCCCCCAGGGCAACCCCCACAGCGCCGCGCACACGCCGCCCCCCAACAACCCCUCUCCCAAGGGCCCCAGAGACAUGAGGUUCCACUUCCCAGCUGCCUACUACUAUCAGCAUAGACAACAGUUUAUCUUCCCUGACGUGCCAAGUGCUUCGCAUGUCGAGGGCAGCCAUCAUCACACUGGUGAGUCAGAGACGAGUGAAGUGGAGCACGGACAGCAGCAGCAGCAGCAGCAGCAGCAGCAGCAGCAGAGGCUCCCGGAGCAGCAGGAGGAGCAGGAUCGGAUAGGUGACUAUGACGAUCAAGAGGAGGAAGGGGAGGAGGAGGAGGAGGAGGGUUGUCAUGGAAACCUGGAGAGCAAGACGGGAGAGAAGUGUGGCAGCGGGUCGGAAGGAGAACCGGACGGCGACGAGUUGGACGACCUCCCUAGUUGUCGGAGUGGGGGAGGGGGCCAGUGGCGGAGGCCCCCCAUCUCUAGGAAGGCCAGCCAGACCAGCGUGUACCUGCAGGAGUGGGACGUGCCCUUCUCACAGCUGGAGCUGGGGGAGCUGAUCGGGAAGGGGCGCUGGGGGAAGGUGCACCGCGGACGCUGGCACGGAGAGGUGGCCGUGCGUCUCAUGGAGAUCGAUGGCAACAACCAGGACCACCUGAAGCUCUUCAAGAAGGAGGUCAUGAACUACCGGCAGACGCGGCACGAGAAUGUGGUGCUGUUCAUGGGAGCCUGCAUGAACCCUCCACAGCUCGCCAUCAUCACCAGUUUAUGCAAAGGCCGGACACUCUUCUCUGUUGUUAGAGAUUCCAAAAGUUCGCUGGACCUCAACAAGACCAGGCAAAUUGCUCAAGAGAUUGUAAAGGGAAUGGGCUAUCUUCAUGCCAAAGGAAUUGUGCAUAAAGAUCUGAAAUCAAAAAACGUAUUCUAUGACAACAAUAAGGUGGUUAUUACAGACUUUGGUUUGUUUGGAAUGUCCGGCGUCGUUCAAGAAGGACGACGGGAAGAUCAGAUCAAGUUGCCUCAUGGCUGGAUAUGCUACCUGGCUCCAGAGAUUGUGCGCAGGAUGGGCCCAGGAGUCAACGAGGACUGCCUUCCCUUCUCUAAUGCUGCUGAUGUUUAUGCUUUUGGCACCAUCUGGUACGAGCUGCAGGCCCGGGACUGGCCCAUCACCCGGCAGCCGGCGGAGGCCACCAUCUGGCAGGUUGGCAGCGGAGAGGGCAUCAGAAGAUUACUAGCUGCUGUGAACUUGGGCAAGGAGGUUACGGAAAUUCUCUCUGCUUGCUGGUCGUACUGCUUGGAAGUGAGACCGACGUUUGCCCAGAUCAACGACCUGCUUGAGAAACUCCCCAAGCUGAACCGGAGGCUCUCCCAUCCCGGACAUUUCUACAAGUCCACAUCAGAAUCGUGGCACCAUCACUGCCUGCGCGAGCACUGUAGUAAAGGCCACCGCUCUCGCUGCCCUUACAACUGACAGUCCACUUCCCUUUUAAGGCACACUCACGACAUUGUGGUAAUGGAAGACCGAUUUUGUUUUAGCACAAGUCCGUAUGUGGUUUUGUGAUUAUUAUGUUUACAAAAAACCCAAGGACAUAACCCAGGAAUUGCAUUCAGAAUUGAUUUUGGACACCCCCCAAAUUAUUAAUUAAUUAAAUAAAUAAAUAUUAAUUAAUUAAAUAUGGUGUGAAACAAUUUAAAAGUCAAGGUUUUUCAUGUGGGCUGUGUAUUAGUACCGGUAUGCAUUUGAUUGCUGUUUUCCACUUCUAAGUGCCUAUGACGAGAGAGACUGUAUGAUGACUUUCUUUUUGACAAGUCUUGUGUCUCUGUCAUGUGCUUGCCUGUCUGUUGUGGGCAGCGGCUAAAAUUAUCUUCCCACUGACAUUUUCAUAGUUCCUGUCUUUUUCACCUUCCCCUUUCUUCCGGUUAGGCCGGGUACGCAUGAAGAGAUACAUGCAGAAGUUGUGUUAAUCAAAGUCAUUAUAGGCUAUUUUCCACUCCCAGUUUUCUGGUAGGCCUACAGGUCUUUACUUUACGAUUGAGCUGUGUCGUGCCCAUUCGAAAACCAAAAAAUGGCGUCCGAGUUCGCUGAAUCGAGCUGUAUGCCUACCAGAACACCGUCAGUGGAAAAGAGGCAUAAUGAAGCUGAUGAAAUUGAAAAUUGGACAAAGAGAACACCUAUUACCUGUGCUCUGAUAUUUCACUUAAUAACCCCAAAACUGUACAAUUGAAUGUCUCAAAUGAAAAUUCAUCAACAACAUUUCAAGUGAAGACAGCAAUUAAGACACCAGUACCGUCUUGUGUAUAGCUUGACUGCCCCUUUGCCUUCAAAGUUAAAGAUUUCUUGUUUUACAUGAAUAGAUGUCUUUGUUUUUGCAGCUCAAACAGCUUUUCUGUUUUUGGUUCUGUAAAACCAUAGCCCUUGUUUAUCACUCUUGUCUCCAUCCAAAUAGCCCCUUAUCUGGUUGGGCCGGACAAUAACAGUGUUCAUCGGGACUCGUCUCACUAGAUUUACUAUUUCAUUAGAAUGUGUUGUACGAACUACAUUGUCCACAUCUAUGCCCUGUAUGGAGACUAAUAAGCUGCAUACAUACUGAAUCAUCACAGAUAUGUAUUUGGGGUUAAGGUACACUUACUAUAAAUCCCCUGGGUAAUCAUAUUAAAACUAUGUAAAUAUGUGUUAAGGAUGAGUUUAGGGGGGUCAACUUACCCGAUAGUUUGGUUGCCAUAGGGAAAUUGUAGAAGUUGUGUCUAAAUCUCAUUUAAACAAGUUCCUCUAUUACACAAUGGAAAAAGACCAUAUUAAACAAUUGUGAAACUGUCUGUAAAACUGUUUUGGGUGUUGGACUGCAGUUGUAUUUUAUCAAACAGGACAACUCUUCAGUACCCUUUGAAAAAUACCUCUUUGUGCAAUCUUAAAGUGUGCCUGCGCGCACUUGGUUUUGUGAUUUGGUGUACAGAAAGAAAAUGUGAGUGCAUGUUUGUUGUUUUUUUUUCUCUGAAUGUAUUGCACUGGGCUAAAGGAGUGGGCUAGAAACCCCGGUGACACUUUACUUGACGACGGUAUCAUACGGAUGACAUAACAGUGUCAUAAUAGUGUCAAAACAGUGUCAUGAUACAGUCAUGAGCAAGUCAUAAACAUGAUGUCAGUGAUGCAUAAAUUUGUUAUGGUCAUGUUAUGACACUGUUAUGACAUUGUUAUGACAUUGUUAUGUCAUGCAUAUGAUACCUGCGUUAAGUGUUACCAAAACCCCUAGUGAACAACUGCUCUGUUCUGACAGAGUAUUCAUAUAACUAUUACGAACUUUUAUGUGAUUAUGGAAAACAGGAUUGUUUAUUCGAUAUAUGACUUACAAACAACUUUCAGUAUUUGUACAAAUGUUUUUUUUUUAUCAGCUUUUCACACAUGCAGAGGUACUAGCUUGAUAAUGUACAGGUCUUUAUACAGAUGUUUGUCAUUUGUAAAAUGCUUAACAGGAAUUGUACAUUUUUUAAGAAGUAGAAAUAUUUUAUAUGCUCUGUGAGAAUUCAUAUUUUUGUACAGCCUGUUGCGCUUCUUCUGUAAACUUUUUUCCUUCGUUGUUAGACAAUAAAUCACACUCCAGUCACA